AUGGUCACCUUGGUCGCUGCCAUUCACGUUUGUCUUCAGGCUCAAGAGAUUCUGGGCUUGGCUGGCGGGCUCGCAGAGGAUCCUUGCGUCCCCCUCAUGCCCCCGAAGGGGUUCCAUGACGUUGGCAGCCUGGCGGAUGUGAUCUUGCCGUGCGCAAGCGAGCCCGACUUCGUCAACUACCACGAAGACGAGGAGAAGCCGAUCAACAGGACGAGGGCGAUGAAGAACGGCGAGAUCCUGAAGGCGAUCUACGGCUUGGCCCCCACGCUGAACAUCCCUGGGGCAGUCAUCAAGAUGGCCAUCACGAAGAUAGCCGAGUCCAAGAUCGAGGACAGCGAGUGGACCAUGAACAAAGAGGAGAAGAAAGAUAUGAUCAACACCGUGACGAAACGCUUGACGUUGCUCCUGAGGCAGUGCGCCAAGCCUCUUCGCGGUCAGGUCCCGUGGAUCGUCAAGUUGUGCACUGACGAGGCCGAGGACGAGGACGAGGCCGAGGACGACCCUCAGGAGGAGGAGGCCCAGGACGAGGAGGCCCAGGACGAGGAGGCCGAAGCCGAGGAGGGCCCCAAGGCUCAGGAGGACAACGGCGACGCGAUGGGCGACGACGCUGAGGAGGCCGAGGGCUCGCAGGAGGCCGAGGGCUCGCAGGAGGCCGAGGCCGAGGGCUCGCAGGAGGCCGAGGCCGAGGGCUCGCAGGAGGCCGAGGCCGAGGGCGAGGAGACCGAGAAGGGCUGCGACAUCGGGGCCGAGGUCAAGCAGACCAUGGCCAAGAAGACCAAGACGGGCCUCAAGGAGGACAAGAACGCGGCCAACUCGGCCUGGAUCCAGGCGCUCGAGAAGAAGGACCGAGGCGGUGAACAGUUCAUGGGGCCGCUGCGGAGGAAGGUCGGCGCGAAGUCCAAGAUCAUAGAGUACAGCUGCCAGCCUUUUCGACCAGAUGGCGCAGAUGAUCUGGAUCCCGCCGUCGUGACGUUCCCUGACGGGUCGCAGCGCGAGGUGCCGAACGUGUUGUGCGGGUCCCUCGCCGACGACUGCACCGACAAACCGAAGAAGCGGGGACCCCUAUGGGAGGAUGGGAGCCUCAGAAUCAUGAGGAGGAAGGAUCGCAACGAGAAGAUCCUGCACAAUCUGCUGGACACCAACCCAGCCCUGGACACGCCCAACGUGAUCAUGAUCAACAGUGGGUUGUUCCCGACCCCUGAGGAGAGCCUCAACUGGAUGAUCGACUUGGCGAAGCUGUACAAGUCGGGGAAGACGCGCGAGGACCUGGAUCGCGUCAAGGCCACGAAGAUCAAGCAACUCACCGAGGCUGGCAAGAAGGAGUGCGCUGUGAGGAAGCGCCCUGCCGCAGCUGCGGCUACCGAGGCCUCAACCCCCAUCAAGGCGAACAUGAAGAGGCCUGCAGCUGCGACGACUGCCGAGAAGGAGCCGACGAAGGUCCCGAAGACGAUCACCGAGCCUCAGUCGAGCAAGUUGGUGGGCCUGCAGUCGAAGCAGGACAACGAGGAUCGAGGGCAUGGUUAG